GAAAUCCAACGGUCAAUGCAUUUCCAAUCGUCUAGUCGUUUUUCGCACGCUCUGAACCGUCGAUCCGGAAACCUGUUCAUGGGACCCAGCCUUAUUAGCCUCCGAAGUAAAAACAGAGCAUAUCAAGUUCGGAGUGUAGUUCGUUAUAUGCAUGGAAUUUUAAAAGCGGCUUACUUUCAAAAGGAAGGAGAAAAUAUGUUGGGUAGUAGGGCAUUGGUUUAUUCAGGCAGGGCCUUCAUUCAGGCCGUACGAGGCAGAGUAGCGCCACCAACUGUAUUUUUUCGCAGUGGACGUUUUCUGGGAGCAGUUUCGAUCCCGCAACUUCCUUCCCAGCAAAAUCUUGGAAACAGUGGUUGCCGGUCGUUGGCAACGUCAUCGUUUACUGACCGUGUUCCCGACUUCAGCAACAAGCCUCCCAAAGAGACCAUUUUGCAGGAUGGCUGCGACUACGAGCACUGGUUCAUCGUUGUGGAGCUUCCCCGGGAAAACAUGACCAGAGAUGAAAUCAUCGAACUCUAUAUCAAGACUCUGGCCCAAGUUGUUGGAAGUGAGGAGGAAGCCAGGAUGAAGAUUUAUUCUGUUUCUACAAAGCAUUACUAUGCGUUUGGCUGCAAUGUAUCAGAAGAGAUCUCUCAGAAGCUUAAUCAUGUUCCUAAUGUUAGCUGGGUGCUACCUGACUCCUACAUAGACUUGAAAUCAAAGUCAUAUGGAGGAGAGCCUUUUAUUAAUGGACAAGCUGUUCCAUAUGAUCCGAAGUAUCAUGAAGAAUGGGUGAGGAAUAAUGCACGCUGUAAUGAGAGACGAUCCAGUGAUAGACCACGAAACUCUGACCGAUCAAGGAACUUUGAGAGACGGAGAGAAAUGCGGCAGAUGAAUUACCAGCAGAAUGUUAGCCCACGCCCACCACAAGGUGACUAAAGAUAACAUCUUUAAAUUGGCACUUUGCCCGUGGGUUCGUGUCAGGCAUUUUUAAAGGUCAUGCCAACCAUUUGGAAUUGCAUAUUUGUCAAGGAGGACAUCUAAGCAGUGCAUAUUAUGCUUUUCCCUACUUAGUUAUUGGAUAAGAGGAUGUGUAUUUACCUUUUUUGAAAGAUAUAACCUGAAAGAUAUGUGAAGGAUAGGUAUAAGUUUAAAUUGACUGGUCAUUAGUAUUUAGUUGGCAUCAUGUCUAUAAAAUAAGCUUUUGACAUUAGUUUUUUC